UUUUUGGAGAUGCAGCCGAAUUUGAGCUCACAGGGAGGUGUGGUUGCCUCCUGGGGAUGGAAAGGCUUCCUUUCUCCACCUCUGUAACUGGUGCUUCUGAGAAGUAAAUGGUAUUUGGAUCCUGACCUCAGACGCGAAUUUGAGUCUUCUGUGCUUAGGAGCAGAAAGAGCCCAGGAGGGGCCUGUUCCUUUACUUCUUGGGGGAAACGCAAUGCGUGGCCUGACUUCUCAUGACGGGAAGGGCUACUCCACCUUCUCUGUACUCCUGGAGGGGAGUCUUGUUCACAUGUUUACCAGCGGUCAGGACAAGGAAGAGAAAAGAAAUGAGCCGUCAGACUGCUACAGCAUUACCUACCGGUACCUCGAAGUGUCCACCAUCCCAGAGGGUGCCUGCCCUGACUGGCACAACUGCAUCCAACAAUGACUUGGCGAGUCUUUUUGAGUGUCCAGUCUGCUUUGACUAUGUGUUACCACCCAUUCUUCAGUGUCAGAGUGGCCAUCUUGUUUGUAGCAACUGUCGCCCAAAGCUCACAUGUUGUCCAACUUGCCGGGGCCCUUUGGGAUCCAUUCGCAACUUGGCUAUGGAGAAAGUGGCUAAUUCAGUACUUUUCCCCUGUAAAUAUGCCUCUUCUGGAUGUGAAAUAACUCUGCCACACACAGAAAAAGCAGACCACGAAGAGCUCUGUGAGUUUAGGCCUUAUUCCUGUCCGUGCCCUGGUGCUUCCUGUAAAUGGCAAGGCUCUCUGGAUGCUGUAAUGCCCCAUCUGAUGCAUCAGCAUAAGUCCAUUACAACCCUACAGGGAGAGGAUAUAGUUUUCCUUGCUACAGACAUUAAUCUUCCUGGUGCUGUUGACUGGGUGAUGAUGCAGUCCUGUUUUGGCUUUCACUUCAUGUUAGUCUUAGAGAAACAGGAAAAAUACGAUGGUCACCAGCAGUUCUUCGCAAUCGUACAGCUGAUAGGAACACGCAAGCAAGCUGAAAAUUUUGCUUACCGACUUGAGCUAAAUGGUCAUAGGCGACGAUUGACUUGGGAAGCGACUCCUCGAUCUAUUCAUGAAGGAAUUGCAACAGCCAUUAUGAAUAGCGACUGUCUAGUCUUUGACACCAGCAUUGCACAGCUUUUUGCAGAAAAUGGCAAUUUAGGCAUCAAUGUAACUAUUUCCAUGUGUUGAAAUGGCAAUCAAACAUUUUCUGGCCAGUGUUUAAAAUUUCAAUUUCACAGAAAAUAAGGCACCCAUCAGCCUGCCAACCUAAAACUCUUUCGGUGGGUGGAAGCUAGACACAUGAAGGUAAAUAAAAAGAAAGGCUGUUAAAUACAGGAAACAGUUGCAUGUAGUAACACUAAUAUAUUUAAAAAAUAAGUCAACAGUAAACCACUGAAAAAAUAUAUGUAUAUACACCCAAGAUGGGCAUCUUUUGUAUUAAGAAAGGAAGCAUUGUAAAAUAAUUCUGAGUUUUGUGUUUGUUGUAGAUUGAUUGUAUUGUUGAAAAAUAGUUUUUUUUUGUUUUUGCGUGGGACUGUGUGCGUGCGUGGGUGUGUGCGUGUUUGGGUUUCUUUCCUUUAACUGACAAGCCAUCUUGAGUGGUCAUGGGCCACUGCUUUUCCCCUUUGUGAGUCAAUACAUAGUGCUGCUGUGUGCUUUUUUUGUGUGUGUAUUUGCUAAUUUUUAUUAAUUUUAGUUUUUCAUUAAAUAAAUUUGACUUUCUUUUCUGUAAUUCAGGUUUUUCCUUUUUUUUGUACCAUUUUAAAGUUAGUGUCUUUUGAUAUGCGUAUUUGUUUAUGGUAAAAAAUUUAUAAUGUCUUCAAUAUUUUCUUUUCCCCCAUUAAUCAGUUCAUUAGAAAUAUUUUAAAAUCAGCUAUUUCGUGAAGCCAUGAGUUCCAGAAAGUAAAGGUGAUAUCGGAAAAAUGAUCAAAAGCUAUUUAAAGCAUCUGUAAGAUGCUCUCGCUCUUUCUGUCUUCUACAGAUGAGUCACACCUUUGAGCUUAAUCUUUGAAAGGUUAGAGAAUAAAUUGAUUUUUAUAAAUACUGCAAAUCAGGCUUUUGUUUCCUUUUUCAAAUAACUUGGACAAAUCACAUGUUUUAAAAUUUGUUCUUGUAUUUAUUGGUUUUGCAGAAGAAGGCAUCGUCAUGCACAGUAUUUGUAAUUAAAAGCAAAUCAUUUGUUUAAAAAGGCAGUUUGCAAAAAAAUGUUUUUGGUCUUUUAUAAUUCUCAUUAAAAGAAUACCUGGCAAAUUAAAAAAA